GUUCUCGAGAUAACUUUCGCCCGACUCGGAACCGGCUACACCGCAACCUUGGUAUUCUAUGGCCUAGCAUAUUCUUCGAGUUUGGGCCCUCUUAUCUGUCCAUCAUCCUAUCUGGUUUAGAAAGUCACGCCACAAUAUCGACCGCCCACGAGAGGGCUAACAUGGCGGACAACACCCAACGGCCGUUGUCCAUACCUUCUUUCUCUGAGGACUUGGAUUGGGAUACGAGACUCAUCAUUUACGACCCAAAAUGGAUACAGGUUACACCGGAGAGGCGGCACAGCGGUUGGGAAACCGUGGAGAGGAAAUGGGCCGGGAAUAACCAGCCGUCGAUGCAGGCGACAAGCUUUAAGGAGCCGAGGAGGGACGUAGGGAAUGCGUGCGAGGCGAUGAGGGUUUUCUCCUAUCCUCAUGUAUCCAUCCCAACCCCGAAAUUGGAAUUCAAUUUUCGAAUGAAAGUCGUUUGCAGCUCUCAGUCUGCGUCAGUUGCGGUGGGAGAUGGCUUCAAGAAAUGGUCUACCUUUUCCGACGGGGUGUGGUCUGGCUCCUUUGGCCAUGGGAUCAUUGCUAGCGGAGGGCAGGACAGCCAAGACUUGACUUACGGAAACGUCGCGGCGACUUAUGUCGAAGCCACUCAUCGCCUGCAGACCAGGGAUGAGCCACCAGCACAUAUCGAGUGUAAAGCGAGGGGCUAUAUGACUGGACCUCCGGAGGUGAUGAAGGCUCUUCGAGAUCCCGAAACAUCCGAACAGGUUGACCCGAGACUGUGUCAAUAUAGGGUGUUCGUCACUAUGAAGACAACAGAUGAACGGUACGCAGCGAAGCUGAAUACAGGAAUGUGGAUAGGAAGCUGUCUCUGGAGAGGCUUAGAAGUCAUAUACGAUUCAUACAGAAUAAGUUGAACCGAAAGUACCAAUCGUUUUGUGAUGCAGCCACUAUCGCUAUUGGCGUAGGGUUGUCAAUACUGCUUAACUUCUGUUUCCGGCCUUCAGAAGUGGACCGCGCUUAUCUUGUCAGCUCUUUGCCUAGUAGUCCCUCGUUGAAGAGUUGGAAAUCGCUAGUUCUAACCUAGCUAAACGUGCGAUCCGGGUCGCAGCAUCUCACGCCUGGGAGGCGAGAAGAAUGGAUCUAGGUGCCCUCGUUUGAUGUUUGGGUUGGGCUUUUUGGAAAGAGAUAUGGGUAUAUGGGUUGAAUAACUUGGUCGAUGAAGCCUCUGCAAGAUGGGCUAGUAGUUGGGAAGGCGGAAGAGAGCCAAGGUAAUCUACACAGGCUGGAAAAACAAUCGAAGAAACCUGAAGAGUAGUCUCACAAAGUGAUGUCUUAUCGAAUUGCCUCCGGCCAGAUGUCAACACGACCCGAGAUUGCGAUGGCCGUGUCGUAUGGGGGCUGCCUGGCUCCUGUAUAAUAUUGGUUAUUUUGUUGGCUUGCUGGUGGAUUUGCUCCGGGAGUUGGGUUGGAGCUAAUAUUGUGAAGUUGUAGGCGCAUGUAUGCCCUCUGAGGGUAGGCAACCCCUUAUCGCAAGUUAGGCGCUGCAGCGACGUGCCCUAUGUACGCACACAUUGUGAUUAGAGGUAUUAUCACAUAUAAUCGAGGCAGAUAGAGAUAAUUCAACGAGCAACAUUGGGGGCAUGAUGGCUGAGGCCAACCCCGGC